UGAGGGAGCUGCGCGCGGCACGCGGCUGGUCUGCCUGACACAGGCGCCGGGGCUCAGGCGGGCGGACAGACGGACGGACGGAGUGAACAGACAGACGCCCAGCGGCCGAGAGCUCGGCACAGGUCCCAGCCAGGCUUGCACCCAGAGGCCGGCAUCAGAUCGUGCACAGCGGAAUCUCCUGCGCUCCGCCCGCCCCAGCUCCCGUGCCAGCGCCCAGUGGCCGCCGCCUCCAAAGUGAUUGCUGCCUUGCCGCCUACGCCGGGUCCGGGACCAUGACGCUGCUGCCGUCGGUGGUACUGAAGCUCCUUCUGGCUGCAGCGCUCUCAGCGUUGGUGACCGGAGAGAGCCUGGAGCGGCUUCGGAGAGGGCUGGCGGCUGGAACCAGCAACCUGGACUCUCCCACUGAAUCUACGGACCAGCUGCUGCCCCCGGGAGGCGGCCGGGGCGGGGAAGUCCUGGACUUGGAAGGAGCAGACCUGGACCUUUUCAGAGCUGCUUUCCCCUCCAAGCCACAAGCUCUGGUCACACCAAGCAAGGAGGAACGUGGGAAAAGAAAGAAGAAAGGCAAGGGGUUAGGGAAGAAGAGAGACCCAUGUCUUCGGAAAUACAAAGACUUCUGCAUCCACGGAGACUGCAAAUAUGUGAAGGAACUCCGGGCUCCGUCCUGCAUCUGCCACCAAGGUUACCAUGGAGAGAGGUGCCAUGGGCUGACCCUGCCAGUGGAAAAUCGCUUGUAUACUUAUGACCACACAACCAUCCUGGCUGUGGUGGCCGUGGUGCUGUCAUCUGUUUGUCUGCUCGUCAUCGUGGGGCUUCUCAUGUUUAGGUACCAUAGGAGAGGAGGUUAUGAUGUGGAAAAUGAAGAGAAAGUGAAGUUGGGCAUGACUACUUCCCACUGAGAGAGACUUGUGCUAAAGGAAUCAGCUGGGGACUGCUACCUCUGAGAAGACACAAGCUGACUGCAGACUUUGCAGAGGGGAAGGACUUCACAACUAGCCACAAAGACUCCUUCAUCCCCAGUUGCCGUCUAGAUCGGGCAUCCUAUAAUUGCUUUGCCAAAAUACCAGAGCCUUCAAGUGCCAAACAGAAUAUGUUCAAUGGGAUCUGGGUCAGAAGAAAGCAAAAGUGAGGGACAUUCAUGCCCUUCUGAUUCUCUUCCACCAAACCCCACUAACCCCUGUAAGUUUGUUUAAACAUGUAUCUUCUGGAUUAAGAUGCCAGUUAAAUUCCAUAUGCUCCAGGAUCUUUGACAGAAAAAAAAAAAAGAAGGAGAGGAAGAAGGAAAGAUUUGUGGACUGGAAGAAUGUAACAAAGAUUGAGAAGCCAUGUACUCAAGUAGCCACCAAGGGAUCUGCCAUUUGGACCCUCCAGCGCUGGAUUUGAUGAGCUAACUGUGAAAUACCACAAGCCUGAGAACUCUGAAUUUUGGGACUUCUACCCAGAUGGAAGAAUAACAACUAUUUUUUUUUGUUGUUUGUUUGUAAAAUGCCUCUUAAAUUAUAUAUUUAUUUUAUUCUA